UAUAUGAAGGCGCCGUCUCUUUAACCUCGCUCCAUUUUUGCUUUCUUUUUUAUUCUUGCAGAACCAGAGUUUAGCUUCACAAACCAUAACCAUUAUGGAUCCCAUCAAGGGUUUGGAGGACUCCAUGGAUAUCGAAGCUCUCUUGAAGUUUUAUGAUGAUGGACAAAGUGCUGCAGAAACAUUGGCUAUCAAGCAACUAGCUGGUACUGGAGAAACCGAACAUCCAAUUAGCCAACAUCAAGCAACUCAUGAUCAAGCUACUAGACCAUCUAGCAAAAAAAGGGGAGAACAAACCCCUCUAGAUAAAGAAGAACAAAGAAGAAGAAAACAAAUUGCCGAUAAAAAAAGCCGUGCCAAAAAAAAGGCAAACUCAAACAAAAAAGAAGAGGAGUUGCAAGCUUCCAAACGAAAAGUGAAAGAACUUGAAAGUGAAAAGGCGUUAUGGAAUGAGGAAAGAAACUCGAUGGCUCAGAAGAUUGGGCGGCUUAAAUCUAAAAACAAAAGAUUGAAAGAGGACGCUGAUGGGAAAAUUGUAGAGGAGUUAAGAGGUCUCAAGACUGAAGUUUACAAACUUAAAGGUGUGAAUGCAUCUAUGAUUGUGGAAGGAGACAUGACGAAAAAAAAUUUGCAGAGAGAAGACACUUAUACUAAGCAACUUGAAUUGAAAACAAGAGUUGACACUUAUAACUCUAACGAAGCUAAUAGAGGACAACAAGAGUUGGUGAAUAUGUUUUUGCAUAUGGAACAAGAGCAGUUAGGGCAAGAGAAGAAUGGAAGACUUGGACGUCCUAUUGCGACAUCAAGAAUACCGUCUAUGCAAGUUGAGAAAUGGAAUAGAGAGGUUGAAGAAGCAAGGAAUGAUCGUGCCGAGGGGAAAAAGCAAAUUCUUGAGGAGAUGCGCGCUGAGGGAAUAAAGCAAAUGAAUGAAUUUCUUGAGGAGAUGCGCGCUGAGGGAAAAAGACAAAUGGAUGAAUUUCUUGAGCAGAUGCGUGCUGAGAAUGCAAGAUUAAUGUCUGAAUAUAUGAUGAUUAAUUCAUCUUGAGAGUUGCUAAAGCAAUCUGGUGUUUCAAAGACUAUGUUAUCAUCGGCCUGCUGGAACUUUUGUCUAUUGGAUUGUGACAACUUAAUUAAUUACGUCUUUUAUGAACUAUUUGUAGCUAGCUUUAUAUUUUAUCAAAACCCAAGUCGAACAAAUUAAGUUGCUGUACGUUGUGUUUGUUUUGUGAAUGGUUGGCUUGUUAUUAUAUGCAGGCUAGACGCAUGCAUGAUUAGUAUAAUAUACUUGAGACCUUUUUUGGUA